GGAAGUGAAAUGCUAUUUAGGUCACACUGCAGUCAGGACAGUAUUUGAUCGAGACCUGUGUAUCUACAAGGGCCCGAUUUCAAACGGGACACUGUGAGAAACUAUAUGCCAUGUGUUAACUCCUCAAUAUGUAUGUGUGUGUGUCACUGUCUGUCAGUCUCAUUCUCAAGGAUACUUGUCUUCACUAAGCGCUGCAGACGCUGACAAAGUGACCUUUAAUCUUAGGAGGCAAGAUGCACCUGAAUGGCGUCGCUAAAUGAAGUAUCUGAUAUUGUCAAAGUCGGCUAUGUACAUUCCCAAAGCAGACACAUCAAGAAAUGGUCGAAGCGAUGGUUUGUGCUUCACGAGAACACAACUAGAUCUCCCGCCCGCCUUAUUAAAUACCUGGACGAGAAGGACGCAACGAGAGGGAAGCCGAGGCAUGAGUACUACAUCAACGACAUUCUAAAUGUCGAGCGACUGCCCGGAAGACCGAAAGGCGUUCAUAUCGCCCUCAGGACUGAACAAUGUAAGGAAAUCAACUUCACCUGUGAUUCGGAGGCGGGAGCGAAAGAAUGGCUGUCGUGUCUACAGAGAGAAGUUGAGAAAAAGAUUGACAUGUUUCCAGCAUGCAUCAUCAAUGCACCGCAUACCAACUUUCACGGCGAGGUCAAUCUUUACAUCGCCGAUGGUCACCUGACAAUUAUUCAGGGAGACGAAAUCCUGGCUAAAAUACCUCUGACGACAAUCCGCAAAUACAAACAGGAAGAAAGAGAUUUGAUGUUCUGGAUUGAAACCGGGAGGAGCAGCCCGGUGGGGGAGGGAUUCAUCAUGUGUCAGUCGGCCCACUCCUACAACAUCCUCACCAAGCUCGACGACCAGGCCAGGGGCAUGAACAACACCUUAUCCAGGCCAGGUGGCAGUGAUCCUACUGCGAACAAUCUCUACUCUCCAGGGCCUAUGCAACCGCCUGCCCAUCACCGACAGCGGUUCAUGUCUGAACCGGCACUCCCACCAUAUUUGCCGGAGAGAAACACUUCCACCUUGACCAGAGGACAGUCCACCAAUGGCCGCGAUCUUCCUAAACGCAGAGUCAGCCAGGGCUUCAUCCACUCACAUGGUGUGGUUCGCAGUGACAACCGUCGACCUUCCGAGCCUGCCUUGACGGAGCAGAGUAGAAACCCCUACUUACCUAUGAAUAACCCGGUGACCAGCGGCCCCCAGCCCCCUCUCCGGCCCCCUCCUGAUGAGGGGACGCCCUACACGGAUAUGUCCAGUCAAGCAGACUACCUAAACCCCGUGCAGGCCAGACAAGGCUACAACUCGCCCUACUCAGGGCCGAUCGCUGAGCAAUAGACCACCUGAAGAAUCAAACGACAGCUGGGACUACCUAUCCCCACUUCAUCAAGAUCAUCCCCAGUACUGGAGGCAGACUGACCGUCGUGACCAAUUCCGGGUUUUGCCGAAGUGACAACGCUUAAAGUUCGAGUUAUGUGAUACACGAAAAGGAGUUCAGAUUGGACUGAUACUCCUUAGAUGGAUGCCGCUUCUGGUUCAUAAUAGUGCUUCAUUUUUUCGUUAAUCCUAUUGUGGAGACGUGAAUGAACACGGACAGUUUCAGUCUCUCACACAAGGCAAUAUUUGGUUAUAAUGUUUUUGUCGUAUUCCUCUGCAAUUCAGCAUUAGCAAUUCAGUAGUUGCAUGUAGGAAGAGGCUCCGCGCAUAGGUUUGCGCAAGUCGGGAUUCCUGUUUUUCAAAAAGGUCUAUUAAGUCACUAUCAUGUAAAAAUGACAGAACAUCUCAAACGCUGUAAACGCUUGUAUUAAUAAUUUCGAACUUUUUCCCAGCUGUGGAUUUAAAGAAAGUGGAGACAUAUUUGUGUCAUACAUAUAACCAAGAUUUUGUCAAGAAAGUUCAUUCACAUACAAAUGAAUAACACAUUAAAAACAGUUUUUCAAGUGAUAUUUAGAAUUUACUUGAGAAUAUUUCAACAUUUAUACGAUAACACAUGCAGGUGAAACCAACCAAACGCUGUCACCGGUAUUGAUCGUCAUCAAGGGUUUGUAGCAUCGAUCCCAUUCGUGACUAACUCGUGUUAUUCCGGGACAAGCUUCUUGCAGGUUACGGAAAGGGUCGAGUGGUGACGAAUGCAUCUAUCCAACACCUGCAGCCCGACAUGCACAAUCCGGUGUUCGAAUCAGGGUCGGAACUGUACACGUUCCACCAAUUUAUUUGCAGAAAAUUUGAUAAAUAUUCUUUGAUAUACUCACAUUUAAGCCUAAUAGUAUGAUUGUUUAUGGAGAAAAAACAGCAAUAGUAAAACGCUUGUACAUACA